UCCCUCCCUCUCUUUCUCUUCUCUUUCCAUUAUUCAUCUUCAAUGACAUUGCCAGUGAAAAAUAUGGUUUUCCCAAUGGUAGUGAAAAACAUGGUUUUCCCAAUGGUAGUACUGUACAUACUUUUGGCAAACUCAUGUUACAUAGCUGCAAUGAAGGUUAAAAACUCUGGUUUCUUUUUCAAAAACUCAUCAUCUUUUAGAUCAUCCCAUCCAAUUCCUUUGUACCCUAGUUUAAGGGAGUGUAAUAUACAUGGAAGAAAAUCAAAAACAGUUGCAUGUGACAUUCAGGGCACACUUCUUAGAUCUGAAUCUUUCUUUCCAUAUUUCAUGUUAGUUGCUUUUGAAGGUGGUAGCAUUUUCAGAGCCUUCUUCUUACUUCUAUCAAGUCCCCUUUUAUUGGUUCUUGAUUAUGAACUCAAGUUAAGAGUUAUGAUCUUUAUUACAUUCUGUGGGCUAAGAUUAAUGGAUAUGGACAGUGUUGGAAGAGCUGUUUUGCCUAAGUUUUUUCUUGAAAAUUUAAAUGUUCAUGUUUACGAGGUAUUAAUAUCAGCAGGGUCUAAAGUGGUUUUCACAAGUGUGCCUAGACUUAUGGUGGAAGGUUUUCUUAAGGAGUAUUUAAGUGUUGAUUGUGUUAAAGGAACAGAGUUGCACACUGUUGGGAGCUAUUUUACUGGAUUAGUAUCAAGUUCAGGGAUACUUAUAAAGCAUAGAGCAAUCAAUGAAUUCUUUGGGGAAAAGAAGCCAGAUAUUGGAAUUGGAACUUCAAGUUUUCUUGAUCGCCCUUUUAUCUCCCUUUGCAGGCAAGCUUAUGUGGUCAACAAAGAGGAAACAACCAGCUCAGUAUUGCCAAGAGAGAAAUACCCAAAGCCUGUAGUGUUUCAUGAUGGAAGGCUAGUUUUUCUUCCCACUCCUCUUGCAACAUUAACCAUGUUCAUGUGGCUUCCAAUUGGAAUAUUACUAGCAAUCGUCAGAGUCUUCAUUGGGAUAUACUUGCCUUACAAUAUAACCAUUUUCUUGUGCACUUUAAGUGGUAUGAAGCUCAGAUUAAAGGGCACUGAUCCUCUAACAUCAGAAAAUGGGAAAGGAGUUCUCUAUGUUUGCACUCAUAGGACCCUUUUAGACCCUCUUUUCCUUUGUACGUCCUUGGGAAAACCUUUGACUGCAGUGACUUACAGCUUAAGCAAAAUGGCUGAGAUUCUUGCUCCUAUAAAAACUGUGAGAUUGACAAGAUCAAGAAACAAAGAUGCUGAGGCCAUGAAGAGAUUUCUGAGUGAAGGUGACUUAGUGGUUUGCCCAGAAGGAACCACAUGCAGGGAGCCAUAUCUUUUAAGGUUCAGCUCUUUGUUUGCAGAAUUAGCUGAUGAGAUUGUACCUGUGGCUAUGAACACAAAUGUGAGCAUGUUUUAUGGGACUACUGCUAGUGGACUCAAAUGUUUGGACCCUAUUUUCUUUUUGAUGAAUCCAAGACCUUCUUACACUGUUGAGAUUCUUGGAAAAGUGCCCAAAGAGUUGACUUGUGCUGGUGGAAAGUCUAGCCAUGAGGUGGCUAAUUAUAUACAGAGGCAACUGGCUGCUGCAUUGGGAUUUGAAUGCAAGGGGUAGUUGAUGAUCAAUAGGUUGUUCAAGAUCGAACCGUAAUUAUAAAAACGGUUUAUUGGCUUAUUGGUAUCGGGUUAUCGGGGUAAUGAUUGGUGAAUUAAUUAAAAUUUUAUAAUUAACGGCU